AUGGUCGAAAAGCGCAAGGCAUUCCAAACAGGACAACCCGUCUCAACAAGGAGAAAGGCCAAGAAGGUCAGAGUCGCCGCCGCCCAGGCAGAGAUAAACGCCAAUACUCCCUCCAAGAAGGCCCAACGACAGGCCGCUCGACCUCCUAAACCUGUCCGGACAUAUACAUCUGAUAGUGAUGAAGAGCAGGAGCAGGAUGAUGAGGAUCAGGAGGAGGAUGAUGAAGAAGAGGAGGAAGUACGGACAUCGUCGUCGAGCUCACAUACCAGAGGCCAGCAGGACUCGGAUGACGAGGGUCAGGAUGAGGAGGAGGAUGAGGAUAGUGAGGAGGAGGCUGUUGGAAAGGGAAAGAAGGGGUACAGGAAAAAGACCAAGAAGCCCAGUGGAAAGAAGGGCAAAGUUUUUGCAGAUACCAACGCCAUGCUUAGCAUUAUUGACCAAGUAGCAGGAAAGGAAGAGGAGCGAGCACAAAAGAAGAACGCUCAAAUGGGCAAGAUCAAGUCAAAGGUGAAUGCAAAGGAGCAGAAGCAGGCAGAGAAGGAGAAGGCAAAGAAGGCGCUGAUCAACCAAAAGAUUGAGGAGAUCAAGAGGAAAAAGACGGACAAGCGCAAGGAGUCCAAGCACCGUGCUGCUGAGGAAGAGGCCAAGGCCAAGGUCAAUGCCAGCAAGCGCACCGUCACAUUCCAGUAG